AUGGUGCGAAAGGUUGCUAUUGGCACGGAUCAGGCGGGGUUCGCCAUCCGCUCGAAUCUCAUGCGGUACGUGCAGGAUGCCGGCGAGGAGUUCGUGCCGGUCUACUGCGGCCCGGAGUCCGCGGACCCGGUCGACUACCCCGACUACGCCCAGCGCGUGGCGGCGAUGGUGGCCAGCGGCGAGGCGGACUGCGGCGUGUUGGCGUGCGGCAGCGGCAUCGGGAUGUCCAUCGCGGCGAAUAAAGUGCCGGGCGUGCGGGCGGCGCUCUGCCACGAUCACUACACCGCCGCGAUGUGCCGCAUGCACAACGACGCCAACGUGGUGUGUGUCGGCGAGCGCACCACCGGCGUGGAGGUGAUCCGCGAGAUCAUCAUUACAUUCCUGCAGACACCCUUCAGCGGGGAGGAGCGGCAUGUGCGGCGGGUGCAGAAGAUGGCCGCAAUGGAAAAGAAGUAA